AAAGAGAGGUGAGGGGAGGUAGACAGAGAAAAUCUGUAAGAAGGGAAAGUCUGUUCCUCUUUUAUGGUCAUCCUAAGCAAUCCCACAACGAACAUGCUUGACCAUUGGAACGUGACCACUCCCUCAUCCCUCCUCCUGCUCUUACUGUUUCUGGGACUGACAUGGGCUGUGCCCUCUGGACCCAUCUCUGAUACCUGCACCACGCUUGUCCAGGGACGCUUCUUUGGCUUCUUCUCGUCAUCCUCUGUCCUCCCUGCUGCCCCCUGCUCCUGGACCCUGCAGAACCCGGACCCCCGGCGUUACACCAUUUUUGUCAAGGUCACCAAACCAAGUGGCACAUGUGUGCCUCGCUGCCUCCGCACCUUCCAGUUUGACUCUUUCCUGGAGAGCACACGCACAUAUCUGGGCAUGGAGAGCUUUGAUGAGGUGGUGAAGCUGUGUGAUACUUCCGUACCCAUAGCCUUCCUGCAGUCUGGCAAGCAGUUCCUGCAGAUGCGCAGGGUGGGCCCGCGGGAGGGUACGGUGGUCCGCGGAGAUACCGAUGGUGGCGACAGCAACAACAGGGACCACACCAAUGCUGCUGAGUUCAAGGUUGAGUACCUGGUGGUCGGCAAUCGCAACCCUAGCAUGCCUGCCUGCCAGAUGCUCUGCCAGUGGCUGGAGGACUGCCUUACGUCCAGUACACCGGGUCGGCCAUGCGGCAUUAUGCAGACACCCUGCCAAUGCAGCGAGCAGGUCGUCCCGGCUGACUCCAACGGAUGCAUCCAAGGCGGCAUCUACAUGGAGAACUGCAUCCCCAGCGAGAGCAGCCGUGAUGUCGAAAUUGUGGGUGGCUGGAGCAGCUGGGGCCGCUGGGGUGAGUGCAGCAGUGAUUGCGGUGGCGGGAUCCAGACUCGCAGCCGAACCUGCCACGCCGCCCAGGAAGACUCCAACCAGUGCAAGGGCGUAGUAGAGGAAGGCCGGCCUUGCAACCCACAGCCCUGCACUGGCAAAACACGACACACAUCCAGGAGCCAAUCCCUGCGUUCCAUUGACAGCCGUCGCCGUGACGAAGGGGACAAGCCUCGCCAUGGACUUCUGGCCCCUCAGUCAGUGGACUCGGCCGCGGAGGAGUGGUCCCCGUGGAGCGUGUGCUCAGCCACGUGUGGCGAGGGCUGGCAAAGCCGCACACGCUUUUGCGUGUCAUCCUCCUACAGCACACAGUGCAGCGGCCCGCUCCGUGAGCAGCGUCCCUGCAACAACUCUGCCGUCUGUCCAGUUCACGGCACCUGGGAUGAGUGGUCACCAUGGAGCCUGUGCUCAUCCACUUGCGGACGUGGAUACCGGGACCGCACCCGCACCUGCACCCCGCCUCAGUUUGGCGGGGACCCCUGUAUAGGACCUGACAAACAGACCAAGUUCUGUAACAUCGCUGUCUGCCCAGUGGAUGGAGUUUGGAGUGAGUGGUCUGAUUGGAGCUCAUGCUCAACCUCCUGCUCCAAUGGCACCAUGCAGCGGACCCGUGAGUGCAACGGCCCCUCGUAUGGAGGUUCCGAGUGCCGGGGCGAGUGGCUUGAAACACGCGACUGCUUCCUGAGGGAGUGUCCUGUGGAUGGCAAGUGGCAACCGUGGUCAUCAUGGGGCAGCUGCACCAAGACUUGUGGCGGUGGCAGCCAGCAGAGACAGAGGACCUGUUACGGACCGUUCUAUGGUGGGCAGCAGUGCCCUGGAGACCGAGAGGAGGUCCGGAGGUGCAAUGAGAAGCGAUGUCCAGAGCCACAUGAGAUCUGUGAUGAAGAGAACUUUGCGAACGUGGUGUGGAAGAGAACCCCGGCUGGGGAUACAGCAGCUAUGCGUUGCCCUCCGACUGCCACUGGGCUCAUCUUGCGCCGAUGCACCCUGGACGAGGAGGGUAUUGCCUACUGGGAAAACCCAACCUACAUGAAGUGUACUUCCAAUGACUACCGGCAUAUACAGAUGAUGACAAGGGAGCACCUAACCAAGGCACAGCGGGGACUGGCUGGGGACGGUGUCUCUGAUGUCCUUGCCAAGCUGAGGACCAUAUCCAGCGAUGGGACGAGUUACAGUGGGGACCUGUUGGCUAUCGUGGAUGUCCUGAAAAACAUGACAGAGAUUUUCAGAAGGUCUUACUACAGUCCCAGGGCUGCAGAUGUGGAGAACUUCAUCCAGUCAGUUAGCAACCUGCUGAUGGAGGAGAACCGGGAGCGAUGGGAGGAGGCCCAGCUGCUGGGUCCCAACAUCAAAGAGCUCUUCCGCCUGGUGGAGGACUUUGUGGACGUGAUUGGUUUGCGGAUGAAUGACCUCCAGGACACCUAUGAGGUCACUGAAAACCUAGUACUCAGCAUCCACCGACGCCCAGUCACCGGGACGUCCGAUAUCAACUUUCCUAUGAAAAGUUGGAGAGGUGUGGUGGAUUGGGCCAGGCCGGACGACAGAGUCACUAUCUCCCGGAACAUUCUGCCAAUGGGUAAACUCGACGCAGAUGACUCCUCCUCAUUUGUGACCGGAAUUGUUCUCUACCGGAACCUGGGGAGCAUCCUAUCUCUGCAGAGGAACAACACGGUGCUCAACUCCAGGGUGAUCUCGGUCGCCAUCAAGCCCACACCCAGCUCCCUGUCUGCCCCGAUUGAGAUAGAGUUCUACCACCUCUAUAACGGCACCACAAACCAGACCUGCAUUUCUUGGGAUGAAAGUGACACAUCCUCGCUGCUCGGCUCGUGGUCGGCGCGAGGCUGCAGAGCGGUGCCCGUCGACUCGUUCAGAACCAGAUGCGUGUGUGACAGGCUCUCCACCUUCGCCAUUUUAGCGCGGCUCAACCCCGACACGAACAUGGACAAGACUCUGGUGCCCUCCGUGACACUUAUUGUGGGCUGCGGGGUCUCCUCACUCACGCUGCUGCUCCUCAUCAUUAUCUAUGUGUCUGUGUGGAGAUACAUUCGUUCUGAGCGUUCAGUCAUCCUGAUCAACUUCUGCCUCUCCAUCAUCUCAUCCAAUGCUCUCAUCUUGAUAGGACAAACGCAGACACGCAACAAGGUGGUUUGCACGCUGGUUGCUGCAUUCCUUCAUUUCUUCUUCCUAUCCUCCUUCUGUUGGGUGCUGACGGAGGCCUGGCAGUCAUACAUGGCCGUCACGGGCCGCCUCCGGAACAGGAUAAUCCGGAAACGAUUCCUGUGCCUAGGAUGGGGUCUCCCUGCACUCGUGGUGGCAGUCUCUGUUGGGUUCACCAAAGCCAAAGGCUACGGCACUCUGAACUACUGUUGGCUGUCCCUGGAGGGUGGCCUGCUCUACGCCUUUGUGGGCCCAGCAGCCGCUGUAGUCCUGGUUAACAUGGUUAUUGGGAUUCUGGUUUUUAACAAACUUGUGUCCAAAGACGGCAUCACUGAUAUGAAACUGAAGGAGCGGGCAGGUCAGGUGACAGUUCCACUGUACAGUAUGACGCUCAAAUGUGCCAAGUGCGGAGUAAUCUCAUCGGCUGACGUGUCCACCACAGCUACCAGUAACGCCAUGGCGUCACUGUGGAGCUCUUGUGUGGUCCUGCCCCUGCUGGCACUCACCUGGAUGUCGGCCGUGCUGGCCAUCACCGACCGGCGCUCCGCCCUCUUCCAGAUCCUGUUCGCCAUCUUCGACUCCCUUGAGGGCUUUGUCAUCGUCAUGGUCCACUGCAUCCUCCGUAGAGAGGUGCAGGAAGCCGUCAAAUGCAGAGUGGUUGACCGCCAGGAAGAUGGAAACGGUGAUUCUGGCAGUUCUUUCCAAAACGGUCACGCGCAGCUCAUGACUGACUUCGAAAAAGAUGUCGACAUGGCCUGCAGAACAGGCACCCUGAAGCGGUCGUCUCUGCAAGGAGAGGAGAAGAUGGCCGGAACCCAACAGGUGACCCUCCAAAAAGGCUCCAACUUUAACACGUUGCCUGCCAGCAUGGCUAAGGUGCAUCUGCAAAAUGUAGCUGACUACGCCAGCCACACGCUCACUCUGAAGAGAGACAAGAGCUCUGGUGGCCGGGAGCUUCCCGGUGCCAAGUCCAUCUACAUCUGCGACGGGGAGCUCUUCAAGCAGCUGGAUGCUGACCUCACCCGUGGGCCUACCGAGACUCCCGCUGCACCUGAAAGCAGCAGCUAUGUACUCCUGCCGAACAAUGCAUCCACACUGCGGGCUAAGCCCAAGGAGGACCUGGCCAAGUACAACAUCAGCAUCGAACAGGUUCCCCAAACACGGCUCAUCCACCUCAGCAACCCCACCAGUGAGCCCACUCCAGGCUUUGGCCUGAAGACACUCCCUUCUGACCGGGUCAGUGUGUCUUGCUCGGAGCGGGACUCCCCCGUUCAAAACCUGCAGAACAUCUCCAGUGAGUCCCAGAUGACUAACAGCCUGUGCGAUGCCGGUGACUCGGGGAACUCGGGCAUGAUGUCUAAGAGUGAGACCGUCUCAACGCUCUCUAUGAGCUCUCUAGAGAGACGAAAAUCCCGCUACGCAGAGCUAGACUUUGAGAAAAUUAUGCACACACGAAAGCGCCAUCAGGACAUGUUUCAGGACCUCAACAGGAAGCUGCAACAUGCCGAGAAGGACCGGGAGUCCCCACCCGUCGAUGGCAAGCCUGGAAAGAGGUGGAGUGUCUCCUCGGGCGGCAGCGACAAAACCAAUCUCAGUGACAAACAACAGACCCCUAGCAAGCGGGCUUGGGAGGGUAUCCGGAAGACGCACUCGCCGCCCUCUUGGGUACGCAAGGACUUGGAGCCGCUGCAGGCUUCACCACUAGAGAUGAAGAGCGUGGAGUGGGAGAAGGCCAGCGCCACCAUCCCCCUGGUGGGCCAGGAGAUCAUCGAUCUGCAGACGGAGGUGUGAGGGUGUUGCUCCCGCCGCGGCCCUGCCUUUUUUUCGUUUCACCGCGGUCGGAGCGAGCAGAAUCACAGGGGUGAAGGGGCAGACAGACCAAGGGACAGGGUACAGGAUGCAAUAGAGCCUAGACCUUGAAAACCCUGUAUAGAGAGCAUAGGAAACGGAACUCACUUGUGUUUUGUUAUAUUUUUAUUUAAUGCCAGUAUCGCCUUUUCCUUUCACUGACAAAAGGACGAAACUCUAAAGGGACUAAACAGACUUUUUCUAUGAAAAAAGGGACAGAAAGAAGUAUAUAGUGGUUUCUUUAUUAGACGGUUAAAUAUAAGGCAGUUUAGUUCCAGCUUUGCCAUAUAGAGAAACAAACGUCAACGCUCUCCGCUCUGGGUUCAACAAGGGAAAAUCACCUCGCCGGGUCUCUUUCAUCGGACUGCUGUGCAAACCUGGGUCCCUGGCACAGACAGAGGUAGACUUAAAAGACCAUGGGGCAACCAUCCACAGAACAGCCCCCAUCAAGAGUUGGAGAAACCAAAAUCUUGAGGUCAGCUUCUGUCUUUUUCCUGCAUUCCUCUUUUUUUGAUUCAGGUUUUUUCCAAGUUUUUCUGGGAACUGAAUCCAUCAUGCCUUUAAAUCGUACCCAGAAGGCCAAACCCUGGCAGUGUGGCUCGAGUCUUCAUCUUAAAAGAACAGCUUAUCGGCGUCAUCAUGCAAUCAGCCCACCCUUAUAGUGACUCUUUAUAGCUGAUUUAACUUUAUUAUUAUUAAUUAUUGCACUUGUGACCACUCCUCAUCCCAGCUUCAAUCCACUCUGCUCCCUUUGGUGUUUAAAGAUUUACCAACAAGUAACACAGGGGAAGUGACACAUCAGCCUAAACCCAAAGGUCGCAGUCAAGCCAAUUAGAAGAGGGGGGGGGGAGGGAUAUCCGGAAAGCCCACCCUCCCUCGCGUUUGGGUUUUUUGCCGCUUCAAGCUAACAAGGAUGUUUGACUUGUUUUCCACACCGCUGAGGCUCAGAAGCGUUGCCUUUCGGGAUGUGUGUAGGGGAUGGGGAAGGUGUAGAAGCCCACCCUCUGCAGGGGACGCAACAUUGGCUCAGCAAGACUGUUAUAGCGUUACAGCGAGUGGCUUCUGCACAGGCGACGUCUCGCAGGGACAGCCGGGCAACGAAGAUUGAUCGCCCUAGUCCCAUUGGUGGUCAAGGACUGCGGGCCACCACGGCACUACGGAACCUGCCUUCCUGCCUCAGUGCCACAUGUCUGAGAAGACAGGAGAGACUGCGGCCACUGGCAGCGCAUACAAAACUUAAAGAACAUACUGGACAGGGUGUAUCAAAAUACUUAUUUGUUAAAAAAAAUGAACAUUUAUAAAUAUAUCCAUUUGAAACUGCAGAAACUGUGAUUCAGUAAUCCGAAUUUUUGGUUGCACACGGAGGAAGCACAAGGCUCUUCAUGAAGAGUCCUGCUGUACAGUAUUGUAAUUAUUUAAGCAGAGUUACACAGAAUGAAUUUUAGCCUAUAAAUAUCUUUCUACUGUGCUUCAGAAUUUUUAUGUUUUUUUUUUUAUUUUAUUUUUGGCCAACUCCCUCUGCCUUGUCGGGUUACUGGACUAUAACAGUGUUCUGUAACUAAUGUAAUGAUGUGUGUUUUAAUAUCACUGUCUACUCGACUCACUUAACCCCCCACCCCCCGGCCGCAGGCUGAUUCUCG